AAUUUACCGUCCGCCACUGACCCAGGCGGUUUUGAAUGAGCUGGGCGCGUAUUUUGAAUGUUUAGUUGUGGUUAUAAUAAGCUUCCUCGAGGCUCUCACCAAUACGUAACAUACUUGGUGACUAAAAUCAUAAAAAAUUCAAAGUAGAACAAGAACGGCAUUGUAAUACGAAUUAAUACGAGGAACAAAUUUCUGAAUUUUAAAUUAGCGUAGUGCCCUAAUUUUACUACUAACUUUCUAAUGUAUCCGGACAUAAGACAUACAAUCGCCUAGCCAUUAAUAGUUCCAGUCGUCCAUAAAAGGUACACAGGUGAAUGCAUUAAUGUAAUCGUUACACGUUGUGUGUCAUUCUUGGCAUACCUUUAAUAUUCCGUAAUAAUGCCUCCAGUGAAAUGCAAAUUAUUAAUAAGCAGGUAGCGUGACAUAAGUGUACAAAUGUAAAUUUGACAAAGUGUGAAAAAUAUUAGUCCAUUAACUAAUGUAUUAUAGAUAAUAAAAUUUUUACAGUGUAUUAAAAUAUUAAUAAUUAUAAGUAGUUAACCUAAAAAUGGCUGGCAACAUAAUUGAAAUUUGGCUGGACAAAAUUUUAAAAGGGCGCGCUUUGGAGGAUGAACAGUCAACUAUAUGUGACUUCUCGAUCGAUGAACAAAUUACUGCAUUGGAAUCACAGGGGAUAGCGCCAAAUGUGGCACAAAUCUCUCAACCUGUCUUAGGAGAAACAGUUACAUACAUUGUCGCUGCUGUUCUACUAAAUGAGAAAAAUGAGGUAUUAAUGAUGCAGGAAGCAAAACAGUCAUGUGCAGGAAAAUGGUACUUGCCAGCAGGACGUGUGGAAAAGAAUGAAAAUAUAAGCGAAGCUGCCGCUCGAGAAGUUUUAGAAGAAACUGGGCUUGUAAUGCAAUGCACUACGUUAUUGACAAUAGAGUGUGCCGGUGGCACUUGGAUUCGGUUUGUUGUGACCGGUAAGGUCAUCGGUGGCACUCUUAAAACACCUUCACAAGCAGAUUCCGAAUCCUUACAAGCAAAAUGGGUUUACGACUUAAAUGAGUUAACAUUACGGGGGAAGGAUAUUGUACCUAUCGUUGAAAGGGCAAGGACGUACGUAAAGGCUCAGAAAAUGAACGAUAAAACAUGGCACCAAGAAAUUUUACCUGCUCCAAAGGAGCACAGUUCUCUACUGUUACGGUUGGUCAUUUUAAUAAAAAAACGUUCAACAAAUCGGGUCCAUGUGCUUAUAAGUGAACGAACCGCAUUCCACCUUCCCGUAUGUGAAAUCCAUCCAGCCAAAUCACUGCACUCUACUCUUAGAAGAUUUAUGGUCGAAUUAUUCGGCGCUGAAGUGGCACCUCACAGGCCACAUGGAGUUCUAUCGGUUGAACACAAUUGUAUAAACAAUAAGGAUGGGUUGUGUUUGACUAUGCUGGUCGUGUUUAGGGCCCCCUUGGAGGAAGUGCCAAUUAUUGGAAAAUGUGUGUGGCACGAAACAUCCAUGACUCUUGGUGAAACUCUAAUGAUACGUGUAGGAGCUCGUAAUUCCACUAUACCUAUCAAUGUAAUACGCUAAUGCGAAUUUUUAUUGUUACUUUUAUUGUUGUUAAAUGUAUAAAAUUUAUAUUUUAACAUAAUUUAAAACAUUGACUUUAAUACUUUUAAAAUGUUAUAGAAUCUCAAGCCUUCAGUAUUCAACGAGGAUAAGGGUUAACAGUAUUUUAUUUAUUAUAACAAUGUACAUUUUAUAUCUACCAAUAUAAUAAAUUAUUUUUUACAAAAAUCGAA